CGCUCAUGCAGUGAUGAAGAGAAGAUCGAAGCAGGUGUAUUACUCACUAAUUCACUGACAGUUGUCCAAUUUGUGAUAUAAAAAUAGUGAAACAAGAUAACACUGACAUGCAGUUGUAAUAGCGAUGGUGUAACCUACUUAAUCGUACUAUUUCUAUACAUAAUUAUAUUUUUCAAAUAAUGUAAAAGUAAUAAGUGAUCUUUGCUCGGCGUUCAUUUGAAGUAACUUAAAUUAUGUAGACAAUGGUGUGCGUCUUACUGAAAUUUGUAAGCGCAUACUUGAUAAACAAUUAUUUCAAAUGAUGGGUAUAUUUAUGACAUGGAUGCAUACAAGUGCAUGUGAAUGACAGUAAUUGACAAUGUAAUCAAUUGCGAUAUACAUGUCUCGCAAACGAAGAAAAAAGCCAGAUACGUAAAAAUACAAUGGUAGACAUGUGCGAGUUCGAGCGAUAAGCGAUCAAUUUAUCGAGCUUCUGGUUUUAUAGUUGAAUUAUACAAACGAUGGCACCGACAAGGGACAAAUGGAUGAGACGAUUUAUUAUUCCCGAAACGACACGACACAAGAAAGGCUUUACUAUAUACAAAGUCACUUCUGUGGUAUUUUUAAAAUCUUCUCAUGAAGAAAUAUCUAAAGUGUCUGUCUGGAAGCGCUAUAAUGACUUUAAGAAACUUCACUCAGAAUUAAACAUUCUUUGUGCAAAGUCUCAAAUUAAGGAGAGUUACCCAUCAUUCCCUAAACCAAAAUAUUUUGGCAGGUUCGAGGCUGAAGUUAUAGAAGAAAGAAGGGAAUGUGCAUUAAAAUUUUUAGAAUUUGUAGGCAGGCAUUCGUAUUUAUACUCUAGCGAUAUUUUCAUAAAAUUUUUUGAAUCUAGUCAUGGAGAUUAUUCUGUCAGCGAUUGUUCACAAUCUCUUAGUUCUGAUACAUCAAUGGAAGAUGAUCGACAUGCUUAUGUAAAUCGUUCAUCAAGUAACGAUAUUAUUUCUCAAACUAUUUUUGAACCCAAAGUUAUUCACAGCUCUAUAUCUGAAAAUGAAACAAAGCAAACUCAAGAAGCUUGUAAAUCUAAGGAAUUACAAUUUGCACAGUUAAAUGACACAAAUUCCAAGAUUGAGGACAAAAGAGCAUACAUGACAAGAAACACAGAUGACAAUUUGCUUGUAAGAGAUAGUAACAUAGACAAAAUUAUAUCCAGUUUAGAAGAUAACCAGUUAAUUUGUAAUAAAAAUAACAACUGCUACGAAGAUCCAAACUAUAAUCUUCAAAAUAACAAUGAUUGUGUAAUUAUACAGACAUCGAGCAGAAACACAAACACUGAUGCAUUCACUACUGAUGUGAAUUCUUCAUUGACAGCACACGAUGGUUCUGAUUUACCACAAACGUGGACAGAUUGUUCUCAAUAUAUAUUAGUUGCAGCUGCACAUAUGAAUGCAGCCUUUAAACAUGAAGAUCUUACAGAGUAUGAAGAAGCAUUUACCCAGUACAAAAUGGGAAUCUCUAGUUUACGAUCUGGUGUUGAAUCUGAUUCUAAUAAAAUAAGAGCAGAAAUAAUUAAGGAAAAAAUAUCAAAAUAUUUGGAAAGGGCUGAAAAACUUUACAACAGAUACCUGAACUGUAAUAUUUCUUUGUUAAGUAAGCCCAUUUCAGAGCUUCAACAUUAUAAAGUAUUGAAGAGUUUGGACACAGUGAUGCUUGUGAAAGAUGUUCGCAAAAACUGCCUCAAUAUUGUAAAAACUGUAGAAAAGUCACCAACAAGUAAAGAAAACGUAAGUGAUUAUAUACUACGCGGACAGGUGCCGUAUAUGGUACAAUUACAUGCAUGCAUUGAUACAGAAACAACAGUAUUCUUAAUUUUACAACAUCUAAGCCGUGGAAAGUUGUGGGAUUUUAUAUUAUCACACUAUACCUCUAACAACAACCGAUCAUGUGAUAAAAGAAUUGUCGAAAAUAACAUUGGAAAAUCGGUAAACGAUACUAACACUAUUUUGGAGAAAGAUAGCAUGAAAAAUGAAAAUGAAGGAACUGCAUCUCUAGAUAAUGUAAAAUUAACUAGUACAAAUUCCAAAGUACAAAUGAAGAUAGAUCCAACGACAGUAGAUAAAACAAAUGAAAUAUAUAGAAAUUUAUCUACUACUCAAUUAUUAGAAAAGGCGCAGAUACUGCUACAAUCGGUUAAUGCAACAUUGAAAGAAAGUAAUACUGUAGUAAAUCGAUUACGUGAAUCUGAUUAUUUGAUAAACCAUGAACAUAACACUAAUUUAUUGAAUUUAAAGAACAGUAUAAACCAGUCUAAAAAUUGGACUGACGGACCGCUGGACAUUGAUAAGAUAUCAAUAGAAAUUGACAGUAUAGACAAAACUACUACAAUCGAAAAAAUACCUGAAAACAAUGUGAUAAUUUCUAAUUACUUAUCGGUAAAUAAUGAUAAAAAAGAAAGGAGCCAAUGUAGUACUGACAAUUCAUCGUUAAGCGAUAGUUUCAAAGAUCUUAGUUUCGGUGACAAGGAAUCAACGAGUUCUUCAACGGACAGUUUAAAAACUGUCGAUGCACUCGUUACAAUAGAUCAUAAAAGUAAUAAAACAGAUAAUACUAUGAAUAAUUUAGUAUUUAAGAAAUCAACAAAAUCUCAUAGUAAAGCUGAUAAAACAAAUCAUUAUACAUCAAAUAAUCAACAGAUACAGUAUACCGAUACUAUGCAAUUAAUGGAAUCCUUAAAGAAUAUUGCAGAUGCUGAAGAAAUAUCGUGGACGAUACCAGAAAAUGUAAUUCGUCUUUGGGCUGCUGAAAUACUUUUAGCAUUAGAAGCAUUACACCAACAAGAAGUUACAGUGUUUGAUUUAAGACCAGAUAACAUAUUAUUGGAUGAUAAUGGUCACGUUCAACUAACGUACAUUGUACCGACCCAUAAUAUAGAUUUACUGAAAUAUAAACAUCCUUACGCGUCUCCUGAAUUAUGUAUGUUCUCGCCAAUGAUUCCCCUUACUCCAGCCACAGAUAUCUGGAGUUUUGGUGUUAUCUUAUAUGAAUUAUUGGUAGGCAAUAAAUUUCAAGCAAAACAUCCAAGUGUAUUUCAAUCGCAUUCCUUACUUAACAUUCCUUGCAAACUAUCAGAUGAUGCCAAGUCCUUAUUGCUUAAUAUAUUGAAAUAUCAACCAAAUGAUAGAUUGACAAUACCAGAGAUAAAACAACAUCCCUUCUUUAAAGAAAUUAAUUGGACAAGUUUGGUAGAUACAUUUUAGGAUUCUGUGCAACAUACAGCAACAUUUAAGAAAAAUGCUUGGUAAUAAAAUAAUUUGGAUAUCUGUAAAAACCCCAGAAAAAGAACUUUAAACUAUCUUUUCUUUUGAAGAUACAUAUAUUUAAAUAAGUUUUGAAAUAUACUUACGUACUUAAAAACUUAAAUAAUUAACAUUUCAUAAAAAUCUAGAUAUACAAUGAUUAAAAAUAUUCCACAGUAAUAAAUUUCUUCACGUUUGAAAUUUACUGUUUCUUUGUAGUUCUGUAAGAUAUUUAAUGUACUGACUGUUAAUAAUUGCAACAUAUUGUAAAAAUAUUUAAGAAGCAGGCCCUGUCAGCUUUAAUCACAAUGCCCUUAAUGUUUGUUCACCUAAUUUCUUAUUGCAUUUUAAGGAUUUGAGGAUGCCGUAAUUCCAUAUUCUAUAUUUAUUAUAUUACAUUAUGUAGUUUUUCGACAUAAGAUAUAAAAAUAUUAAUUUAUUUAUACACAUAAAUCUACGCAUUUUAAUCUAUAUUUACUUAUUUCUUAUUCUUUCACUUCUAGAUAUUGUUGACAUUCCAUCAACAAACCUAGUCGUAAAUACUACGUUAGCAUUGUUGAACAUUCCAUCCUUCAAUGAUACAACAAUAAAUUGUGAAUGUUUAAAA